CACUAAUGUACUGCACUGCACAGCACAGCCUGCCUGUUACUGUUAGUCAAAAAUCAGAAACUUAAGUGAAAACCAAAACAUUGUCUUUAUAUGUAAUUUCUUUCUUCAUUUUCAUCUUUUUUUAAUAAAUCUGUUGUAUGAACUGAAUAAGGAGACGGAGAUUAUUCGGAAAAAUAAUGGAGUGGCUGGGUUCUACAAUUUUAAAAACAUUUUGGAGACCAACUCUCAAUACAGUUAGGACACGAUAUCAUGCAGAUAAAACGCGUCUGUUACGCCGGUAUGGCUAUGAAGAAAAAAUUUGGUCAGGUGGACUGUUGCCUAGGACUCAAGGGAAGCCUUUGCCAUUGCCAGAAUAUCGGCCCUCAAAUGUUUGGACUGAGAGAAAAGCUUUGUUUGGUCAGAAUGAUUACAUAGAUAUAUUGGGAUCUGGUGACAUACAUCCAGUUAAAACUCUUUACAAUAUACCCUCAUGGAUAAGGGGAGUAAGUGGAAGAGAAUAUCAUAUUUUAUUAAGAAAGAAGAAAAUGUGGGCUAAAACAGCUACGCCACUUGUGAGGCCCACCAAGUGGAAAGAAAUUGAGAAGAGACUAGGAUUUUUGUAUAGAAAACUCAACAGAAAAACAAAAACUGGGCCAUCCCCCAACUAAUAUUAUAUUCUCAUGUUAUAUGUAUAAAGCAUAGCUAAACUAUUACUGUUAGAUAUUUUAAU